UUUUUGCGUCUUACCUGAGGAGUGGGGUGAGGGCGCCUCGCGCCGCUUAACGUCGCCCCUCCCCGCCCGCGGGAGGCAGCGCGAGGGCCCGGAGCGCGGCAGGAGCGGCCCGGCCGGGGCGGGCAGGGCAGGGCAGGGCAGGGCUCGCCGGCCGCCUUCCCGCCGCUCUGGAAUGAGUGGGGCUGCAUUCCCAUCUCCAGCUGCUGAGAUGGCAGAAAUUAAUCGCCUUCAGUAUGAAAUGGAAUACACCGAAGGAAUCAGUCAGCGCAUGAGGGUCCCAGAAAAACUCAAAGUAGCUCCUCAAAAUGCUGACCUUGAGAAGGGCAUCCAAGAAGGAUUUCCAAAUGCCAGUGUAACUAUGCAGGUUCCAGAGCGGAUUGUAGUGGCAGGUAAUAGUGAAGACAUUCCAUUUUCCAGACCACCAGACCUUGACCUUCUUCAGUCUACUCCACUCAAACCACUGGCAUUGAAAACUCCUCCUCGUGUUAUUUCUCUUAGUGAUCGACCACUAGAUUUUUUGGACCUAGAAAAACCUCCACAGCAGACACCUCAAAAUGAAGAGGUCCGCUCAGUGGGAAGACUGAAGAGAGAACGUUCCAUGAGUGAAAAUGCCACUCGACAGAAUGGCCAGCUGGCCCGAAAUGAUUCCAUGUGGCACAGAUCAGAUACUGUCCCAAGAAAUAAAAUGCCACGGUUCCAGUCACCUCUUUCGACUAAGGAUUGCACUGUGACACCAUCACUGCAACAGGCUCGUGUCUGUCCUCCCAAUAUGUUACCUGAAGAUGGAACUAAUCUUUACUCUGCUCGUGGCAUUUUGUCGUUUAUCCAGUCUUCCACUCGUAGGGCUUACCAGCAGGUCUUGGAUGUGCUGGAUGAAAACCGCAGGCCAGUGUUACGUGGUGGGUCAGCUGCUACCACUUCCUCUAACCCUCAUCAUGACAACACCAGAUAUGGUCUUUCCAACUUGGAUACUACGCUUGAGGGAACACCAGAUGACAUGACAGUUGUAGAUGCUGCUUCCUUAAGACGACAGAUAAUCAAACUUAAUCGCCGUCUACAACUUCUGGAAGAAGAAAACAAAGAGCGUGCUAAAAGGGAAAUGAUCAUGUAUUCAAUUACUGUAGCUUUUUGGCUACUCAAUAGCUGGCUUUGGUUUCGGCGCUAGACACAGCUCUCAGAAAGAUUUAGUAGUUGAAAAUACAAACAAUUUGCAAAAUUCUUUGUUUCUGUUUCUGAAUUGUAUGCUGUUUUAUAAUUCAUACACUGGAAACUUCCACCACAGAUGAAGGCUAUAGAAUUGCAGUGUUAAAGGGACACCUUGUUGUUCAGUUAUAAUGUAUUUAAUAGAUUUGCAUUGCAAAUACUUGCAGUAUCUUCCUUUGCAUGCUUCAAUGUAAAUAUGGAUCAGCCAAUAUGAAGUUUGCUUCAUGCAAUGUAAGGACAGUGGUCUACAGGGAUAACCACUGGAUGUUUUGUUGUGGUGGGAAGAGAACAAAUGGAGUGGGUUUGGAAAAAAUAUAAAAACAAAGGAAUAAAAAGUAGGUUUUAUUGUUCUGUUGUUAGAUGCAAUUAAACAUGAUUGCACUAGUUUUCCUUUAGUCUGAGUAGUUUGAGGUGUGCCAUAUUCAAGGAGUGUGUCCUGUUUCAUGAGUAUGUUCCUUGUUUAAGCACAUGUUCAGGUCAAACAAUAAAAGGAAUUCUUUGCUAACGUGCAGAUUGUCCAGAGGUGUGUAAUAUGUAUUUUUUUUUUUAGCUUUAGUUUUGCAGAUGUUUUUCUAUAAAAUACAUUUUUAAGCAAGUCAGUCUGUGAGUGAUCAAAAGAUUAUGGAGUACAAGAUACUGAUGUAGUAUAUUUAAUAAAACUCUCUCUCAAACCCAAACCAUUGUUUAAUAUUAUUUUAAGACAGUUUGAGGGUUCAUCUAAACUAUCAGUCUUUGAAGUAAGUAGUAGUGAUGGACUGAACAACUCAAAAGCGGCAGGUGGGCAUCCAAUAGCCUGCUGCAGGCUACCAUCCCCUGCAUGUUGCGGCAUUGUUCUCAGCGUGUGUGCUGAGUAUGCAGGUACAGGAAGCUAGCCUGGUGUUCCCACGUACCGUGGUCAGUUUAAACAUCCCCUGUUCAGCCCCAUGAUCCACCACCUUUUUGGGUAGAUACCGUCUGAGGGGGUGCUGAGCCACACACGGUGCUGCUGGGGGAACCUCGGCCGCCCUGCGCGUUAGUGGCUUCCUGCCCCUGUAUGGCUGCAGCUGCCGCUUCUGCUUACGUGCAGUGCUGUCGCAGCCACAACCCCUUCCCUGGGGGUGUAUGAAACAACUAAUAGUGUCAGUGUGUGAGAGAACAUGCAACGAUACCAAAAGAAUCCUUCAAAGGGGACCUUUCCUAGAACAGCUAGACCUAGACCGCUGUGCAGGACCAUUUCUGGGCUCUAGAAGUACACAGACCGGUGAAGAGAUGAUGGUACCCAACGGCUGCAGAAGAGAAGGACGUGGGGCCUCUUUCAGCAACGUCCUUGGCUCACCCUGCAGCAGCAGAGGCUGUAGAACAGUACCAGGGCUACCUUUGUGCAGAGAGACCCCCACCAGCUGGGGGGGUCACUGGCGCUCCUGCGCAGCUGGGGGCUGCACACUCUGGUUUGGCGGCGGGGGAGCAGUGCCCUGGUAAGGACAGGUUGCUGAGGAAGCCUCGGCACAGGAGGCCUUGAGGAUUUUGAUACAUACGCUGCGAGUGCCUGGUUAAGGAAUGCUGCUCUCAUACAUUUCGUGUGCUAUCAGGUUAAAUAGGGCGUUGUACUCAGUGGUAUGUGGCUUUUGCACUAUUGUAUAGGCUGCUGUGCCUGCUUCCUUGCGCUUUUCUGCAUUUGGCUGUUGCGUAUGUUGUUUUUAAGCUUUGUUCACUGUGUUACGUGACUCCAUUGGCUAUUUAAGGCAUUUGCUGUGCAUGUUUUCUUACCGUGAAUGUUAAAAGCGUGUGCCUUUGGCUUUUAGUGAAAGACAAUACGAAGGGAGGGGCCUGCUUUGCACAUUUUCUGUAUUUUCAUGAAUUUUAUACCAUGACCUUUAAGCUAAAGGUGUACUGUAUGAACUCUGAUGAUGCAAAUGAGGGUUAGAGCUACUAGAGAUUUUACAAAGAGUUGUAUAGCUAACAGGAAAAAAAUAAAGCUUCUUUUAA